CCGGAAGUGAUUCCAACCGCAAUCCUGCCAAAAUAGCCGUGACGGUUCCUGUGGUUGCAUUAGGUGCAAUGGUUGCAGUAGGUGCAGUGGUUGCAGUGGUUGUAGUAGGUGCACUGGUUGAAUUGGGUGCAAUGGUUGCAGUGGUUGCAGUGGUUGUAGUAGGUGCACUGGGUGCAGUGGAAGCAUUGGUUGCAUUGGUUGCAGUGGUUGCAGUGGUUGUAGUAGGUGCACUGGGUGCAGUGGGAGCAUUGGUUGCAGUGGUUGCAGUGGUUGCAAUGGUUGCAGUGGUUGUAGUAGGUGCACUGGGUGCACUGGGAGCAUCGGUUGCAUUGGUUGCAGUGGUUGCAAUGGUUGCAGUGGUUGCAGUGGUUGUAGUAGGUGCACUGGGUGCAGUGGGAGCAUUGGUUGCAGUGGUUGCAAUGGUUGCAGUGGUUGUAGUAGGUGCACUGGGUGCAGUGGGAGCAUUGGUUGCAUUGGUUGCAGUGGUUGCAAUGGUUGCAGUGGUUGCAGUGGUUGUAGUAGGUGCAUUGGGUGCAGUGGGAGCAUUGGUUGCAUUGGUUGCAGUGGUUGCAAUGGUUGCAGUGGUUGUAGUAGGUGCACUGGGUGCAGUGGGAGCAUUGGUUGCAUUGGUUGCAUUGGUUGCAUUGGUUGCAUUGGUUGCAGUGGUUGCAAUGGUUGCAGUGGUUGUAGUAGGUGCACUGGGUGCAGUGGGAGCAUUGGUCGCAGUGGUUGCAAUGGUUGCAGUGGUUGCAGUAGGUGCAUUGGGUGCACUGGGAGCAUUGGUUGCAGUGGUUCCAAUGGUUGCAGUGGUUGUAGUAGGUGCACUGGGUGCAGUGGGAGCAUUGGUUACAGUGGUUGCAAUGGUUGCAGUGGUUGCAGUAGGUGCAUUGGGUGCACUGGGAGCAUUGGUUGCAGUGGUUGCAAUGGUUGCAGUGGUUGCAGUGGUUGCAAUGGUUGCAGUAGGUGCAUUGGGUGCAGUGGGAGCAUUGGUUGCAAUGGUUGCAGUAGGUGCACUGGGUGCAGUGGGAGCAGUGGUUGUUUGUGCAAGAAACCUCAUGAGUAAUGUAAGUAGUAAGGUAAUGCUGAAACACGCCCUUUUGGUAGCCAAGCAAACAUUAAAAUGCAUAUGCGUGGGAUUUGUGUGUUAUUGUGUAAAAGAGCUGUAAAUGUAUAAGCUGUAAAUGUAUUCAAAUCAUUAAUCGCUGGAAUUAGUUAGCAUUGCCCAAUUUAAUUGGUGUACUACUGCUACAUUCUAACCAAAUUGAAAAUUUCGACACAUUAUAAUAUCGAUUCCUGACCAUCAGAUUUCUGUCAAACCUUCCCCCCAAAGUCCAGUAAAAGGCAUUUCAGAGACCCUAAAUUCAAAAAUUUUUCGAUGCCCCCGGACCCCCCAAGAGAAACCUCGCACCUUCGGCGCUCGGCUCGUGCCUACAGCACUCGUUUAUCAAGCGUUACAAUAUAGGGGCGCAUAUUAGUUGAUAGCCCACUCCCCCCCGCUACCUGAAAUACCGAAAAAUACUGAAAAUAGCAUUCAAAUGUCAUUUUUUUGUCAUUAAAACUAUCAGUUUGAAAACAUUUAACAGAGGUACUUCACAGUGGUGUCACAACCUCUCCCCCCAAAUUCUUUAAUUAAAGUUCAUAGUAAAUAAACAUUUGUACUUUUUGCCCUGGGCCACCCAUCGAUGACCCCCUGCUGACAAAACAGGGAACCCCAUCGGCCAUCGCUUUACAUGCACCCAUCAGUUACAAUAAUAAGGAAUCAUCCAUUCAUGAACUCAAUUCUCAUGUGUCCCAAUAGCUAAAUCACUGUCUCUUCACAUCACAGAUUGGCAUUAAAAUACAAUAUCUACGGAACUGUCAUUCUGUAUGGUCAUUGAGCCUAUAUGCCCAUCUAUGAAAUGAAAGCAUAAUCAAUACAUGUACAAAUGGUAUAUAAUAUUGUGUUAAGCAUGAACAAAUAAUGCACACAUAUGCAUUUAAUGAGUGUAUGUUGUUUGCCGAAUGAAUUUCAUAACGCAUUAAUUUCAGAUAUUUGCUGUAUUUGUAUUUAUUUCAGAUAUUUGCAGUUCAAAAGCUUCGUGAAUUUGAUGACACUCAACCAUAUGUGUCACAAUAUGCUUUAUCACAGUCUCUUCGCAAAGUAUUAAUCAUUGUCAAUUUUCUCUCACACUUUCUUAGAGUCUCAAGGCUCAUUUCCACUUAAAAAAAUUUCCACGGACGGAAAAUUUUUCAACUUCAAAAAUUUUUUCCGACGGAAAAUUUGUGUCAGCCAAUCAAAUUGUACAAAAUUUUCUUUCCGCGGAACAUUUUCUUGAGUGGAAAUGGGCCUUCACAGCCGUCAGCCAGCAAAACAGGGGGAGGCAGUGAGGGCAAAAUACCCAGGGCCCGGAGUGCUUAGAGGGGUAUGGAAAUCUCUGUAACAUUUUCGUAUAGUUUAUCAUCCUUUAUGUUUGCACAUACUUGCACACUAUCCGCUGAUCGUCAUGAUCGAUCGUAAAACAAACAAAAUGUGAAAUAAACAAUUUUUCAAAAUUUUUUUCUGGAAAAAAAGUUAGCCAAACAUCAUUUACAUUGCGUCUUUAUCAGUUAUGAGAUUAAAUGAGGUAUUUACCUGUAUUGAACAAAUUUAUUACAUCCAUCUGCUGGUACACUAACAUGCAUCAUGCACGUAGCCCUGGUACACUAACAUGCAUCAUGCACGUAGCCUGCUCGCAGGCCGUUGUCAGGCAGAGGCUGACCUGUAAUCUAUGCUUGUGAGCAGGCUGGCAUGCACGCUACAUCUGCCAUCGGCAUUGAAAUUCUCCAGCAAAUUCUUGCAAGUGAUUCGCUGGUGAUUCCCUCGUUGAUUGUGAUAAAAAAGAUAGACUUUGGUGUGGCCAUCAAAAUGAGAAUCAAGAGGGACGGGGGGGAGGCAUGCUCAACAAUUUGUCCUGGGGCUAAUGGGACCUCACCUCUCACUGGCCUUGUAGACUCUUAGAAUUAUUUACAAUUAGAGCCAUUAAGGCACAGAAUAAAGACACACAGGAGGCAGUGGAGGACACUUCACGAAAUAUUGGUGGGGGCUCGUGCAGAAGGCACGGGAAAAUUUUAAAAUUUGGAUCCCGGAAAUGGCAUUUGCAGCAUUCUGAGAACACAUUUUGUAAAAAACUAGGUUUUCAAAACACUGUUUUAAUUGAAUUAUCCGUUGUUUUUGAGCAUAAGUGAGUUUCAAAUACGCAUGAGUUUCAAAUACGCAUUCAAAUAUUAUUGUGCAGCAGAAAAUUUCGCUGCUAAACAAUAGUAUAAGCUUCAAAAACAACAAAAAAUCGACAAUGACAUUUAAAGAAGUGCCUGUUGCAGAAAGUUGACCCCCUAGUACCGUCAAAAAGAAUGUAUAAAAUGCGUAUGUUGUGUCAUGUACAGUACAGUACAGUACAGUACAGUACAGUACAGUACAGUACAGUACAGAAACGUAUAUUAUUAUAUUGAUUUGUUUGGUAUAUUGCUUACUGUUUUAGCUUAAGGUUUAUCAAAUAGUUAUUGUUUAAUAUGACAAUUACGUUAUAUGAGUGUGAUUUGUGUUAUUUGGUACAGCAUUUUUAUAGUCUUUAAAAAUUAUUGGGGCGGGGGGGGGGAGGGGGCUCGGGCCACCCCUUUGCCCCCCUAGUGUCCGCCACUGACAAGAGAUGGACUCCAGUAACCGCUGCCUCGUCAUGAUGCUGACGCCAUGAUCCUAGCCAGCGUGCGUUUGAAAUGCACUGGACAGGACCAUGCAUGGCAUCGGCAUUUCAGUGACGAAUUGCGGUUACGCCAAAAUCAUUGGAAAAUCAUAGGAAAAACCAAGAAGUCAAGAUUGCGAAUUGUUGUAAUCCUAGUUAUACUAAUCAUAGCUUUUAAGUAUUAUUUAAAAGCUCCUCAAGGAGAACUUGUCAGUGUCUUCUGAUUAAUAAAUAUAAUAUAUAAUGGGAUUUACAGAGGAAAUGCUUGUCCAUUUCGAGCCAUAUGUAGGAGUUUGUAAUUUGAGACAUUAAAAGGAUUUUGAUAUAUCAGAUUAUUUUGUAUCAGUAAAGCUAUGAAAAUUGGUUAGUUUAAUUUAAUUUAAUUUAAUUUAUCUAACUUUGCCUUGGUAACACUAACAAUAUUAAGAAUAAACAUCAAAUUACUAUAUAUAUAAACAAGGCAGGAUUUCCGCAACAGCUACAGCCAAUUACUGCGGAUCCUUCACAAUAUUCGAAAAAUUCGUUAAGUUUACUGAACAAUAAACGGAAAAGGACUAAAUAAUAAAAUCAAUCAAUCAAUUAACGAGCUGUUCAAUUGACGUGUUCAGUCAACCAACCAAGAGAUCAAGCAAUCUGACACUUACUUCUAAAAAUAUAUUUUACCAUUGGUAAAAGCAAAACCUUUCCAUACAAUGUAAUAGCAUGGAUAUGAAAAACCCUAAUAAACACAUUUACUGAAAUUUACCCACAAUUCCAGUUUGAAAAUAAUCUGGACGAUGCCUGUCCACAGCCAAGGUAUGGAAUUACCUGGUAUGGAAAGCCCCUGGUUUUACCAGAAUAUAAAUAAUCAGUUGCGCGAGGUUCAAAAACAACAAGAAGGGGGGAUCAGCAAACUUCGAACACAGUUGCAUUUGACACAGGUUGUCUUCCAUGUACGUGGGUCGUCAGGGUCGAAAGUUAAUGAAAGAGCAGAGUAGUAGUAUUCUUUCAGAAUAUUCUUGAAGGUAGCUAGAGAUUUGUUGCGGUUUUGGGUUAUUUCUUUCGGUAGAGCGUUCCAUGUCCGUGUUGAUCGUAUUAAGUAG